AUGCACACAUCUUCUCUUCCAGUUCCUAAGGAAAAUUGGCUGAUGAGUCAACUCUAUCGCAAAGACAUACUGAACUCCACCUGCCUGAUGAACAACCUUUCUCAUUCACAAAGCAAACUGAAACAUGCUGUUGCAACACAGAUCUUUGUGGAACAUAACCACAAGUUCAUCUACUGUGAGGUGCCCAAGGUGGGCUGCUCCAAUUGGAAGAAAAUCAUCCUUCUCCUCACAUUGAACCUGAGCAGAAAGGCUAAUGAAGUCGACCAUGAUCUCAUCCACCAAACCCCACUGAUAAAGAGGCUGAGUUCUUACCCUUCUGACUACCAGGAGAAAUUACUGACCAGUUACACCAAAGUGAUGUUCACCAGAGAUCCCCUGGAACGGUUGGUUUCAGCUUACAGAGACAAGCUUCUGCACUCUGAGCCAUACUAUAGUAUCACUGUGGCAAAUGAGAUCAAGGCCACGUGCAGGAAAAAUGAAAAUUCAACUGAAAAGGUGACUUUCCAGGAAUUUGUUAACUUUAUUCUGACAAAAAAACAAGAACAUUUGGAUAUUCAUUGGAAACCAAUGUUUCUACUCUGUGAUCCUUGCAACAUUCACUAUGAUAUCAUGGGGAAGUUUGAGACCUUGGAGCAAGACUCUGAACAUGUUCUCAGGAACAUUGGAGCCCCAGAGGAUCUGCACUACCCUAACUUUAAGAAGUAUGGCUCAGAGAAACGUACUAGUGAUGAUAUCACCCUGGAAUAUCUCAGAAAGCUGAGCUCAGAGCAAAUUGAAAAGAUCAAGAAGCUGUACCAGAUAGAUUUUGCCUUGUUCAACUAUCCUUAUGAUUUGAAAAUGAACCUUUAUGAGACUGAUACAGUAUGAACCUGAAAGCAGUUUUUAUUCCUACAAUAUCACAUGAACUUGUCUACAAAGAUGAUUACAGCUGGCUGAUGGUAGCAGUGAAGCACUAUUGGUGUUUUGCAGCUCAUAAAGGUAUUUGUCAUAGGCACUCGUGAUGCUGUAUGGAAUAUGGGGGGAGGGAUAGCUCAAUGGUUUGAGCAUUGACCUGCUAAACCUAGGGUUGUGAGUUCAAUCAUUGAG